AGUCCUUGUCUGGGCUGGGUCAGACUCGGUGUUUGCGGGUCACCCUCGUGGAGCAAAUUUCUUCUACGGAAACAGAUCUUGCCUCCCGUCCUCUUAAUCCCCGCCACUCCCAUCUAAGGCUACGUUUUUCUUUGGGACCUCGAAAUGCCGGGCUUGUGGGCCUCCAAGGUGGGAAAGUGGCAGUGGCGUGCCUUCGGACUCAGACUGAACUAAUUCAUGACUAGUGAACUUGAGUUUGCAGUGGAAGUCAUAUCGGGAGACUCGGGAAAAAUUCACUUCCCCGAAUAAGGGAAUACAGUUCUUUUAGGAGAAAUUGCUUCUUGCAGGGCCACGGAAAAAAAGACAGCCUUGCAGGGCUCGAUGCCACUGGACUCAUCUUCAUCAUCAAUGCAACUGUCCUUCCCGUCACCUUUACCCUCGGUGCCAGACAAUUUUACUAACUCUUCCCCUCCCCCAAUGUCUUACAUCACUUCCCAGGAAAUGAAGUGUAUUCUUCACUGGUUUGCCAGUUGGUCAGGUCCUCAGCGUGAACGUUUCCUACAGGACCUGGUAGCUAAAGCAGUACCAGGAAAAUUACAGCCAUUGCUAGAAGGUCUGGAGCAGCUUAGUGUGUCUGGAGGAAACCGGCCACCUUGUAUCUUUGAGUGCCAGCUACGUCUUUGGGAUCAGUGGUUUCGAGGUUGGGCUGAGGAGGAACGCAAUGAAUUUGUCAGGCAGCUGGAGAUCAAUGAGCCAGACUUUGUGGCAAAGUUUUACCAAGCAGUGGCUGCUACAGCUGGUAAAGACUGAUAGGCAUUAAAAUCAGAGAAGAUAACCAGAGCUGAUGGAGUCAAAGCCACAACUUGACAGUGAGAACUUCAGGUUUGUCACUUAAAGGUCUGGGAAUGGUAUCCUGAACUGCUGACUAAAGUCGCUGAACACCACAGGCCUGGUUAUUUCAGUGUUAGCUGGACUCCUAGUGUGAAUGUUUUCAAUCUAAGCAAAUCCAGAUCAGCAGUCUGCCUGAAGAGAUGUCAAACCCUCAAGAAUUUAAUGGCUUCUUUUGUAACUAUAACCAAAAGGCACCUACACAUUGUUACUCAAGCCUACUACUGGCCCAUGGGGUUAUAAAGCAGAGCCCUCCUACUCCAUAAACAGAAGAGAAGGGCAAUAAAAGGUCAUGUUUUUAUAUUUAGCUGGAUUCAGAUGGCUGGUUUCACCACCUUUAGCAGAUUCUGGCAUAAUUAUGUGACAUCCUGACCACUAGCUUUCCUGUGAUGAUACAGUAAAAUUAUGGAAAAAUUAGAAGAGGGAGAUAAUUAAUUACUCCUUCCUCCACACUGAUGUGUGUUUGAAGCCAAAUAACAAUGACUUUUUCAAAAGCAUAUGUGAUAUCCUUGGAGCUGCUAGCAGAUGUUCUUAUUCUGUAAGCUUGCUCUACAGCAACAUGAGAACAAAUGAUACUCUUUAGAGGUAGAAGGGUUUAUUUUUUGUAUCAAAAUAAAGAAUCUUCAGAAUGAUAA